CCAAAAAUUAACUUAUGUGCUUCUUGAAAACUGGGAAUUCGCGUCGCGUUGCCGCAUCGCGUCCGGUCUGCCGUGUCGACCUUAAGAAUUGCACGGCGUGAGCAUCGCUUUCCUAGAAGGAGCUAGUGUACGGAAUUCUUUAAUAACAGCAGGAUGACGGAAGAUUAUCAGACCGUGCCAUUGGAAAGUGAUCUUUGUCAUGCAUAAUUAUGGUAAUCUUUUGAGGCGUGUCUUUAAUAAACAACGGUGAUACUACAGACUUAAUCCAGGCCUACGCAUCACUUAGAAUUUCGUUGUUCAAACAAACGUCUGCUAGUUUCUGCCCUGAAAACCGUGGUCAUCUAUGUUGGUAGGCCACGACUAAACAGGCCAAAGCGACCAAGCGUCGAUAAACUAUUUUCAUGCGACGAAAUCAUGUUCGAAUAUGACUGUAGGCCAGGGCAGUUUCUCAGCCCUUCACAGACCUAGCACUUCAGUCACAAGAGGGACAAUAGCUAAUGAGAUGAUAAUGAAGUAUAUAACGAGGCUCUUCAUGUGAUAUCAGAUUACCUUAGCAGUUGGCAUGGAUCCGACGGGAACAAAAUUCGAAGUACGAACCAGAGACAAGACCUCAGAGAGUUUACGUGUUGGAUAGUAUCUCGUUACGUUGUCCCAACUCUCGUGAUUCAAAGCUGGAGCUUGGUUUGGGAAUAAACUACUAUUCAGUGUCGAUGACCAGCUAUUCCUUGUUAGUCUACAAGAUGACGAGCAUUGAUUUCAUAAUGGUCGCAUUUCUCAGUAUAAAUCUUGUGUUACGUCGUUGCAAAGUUGAGACUGGUUCAUUGAGGUUGCAAGGACCGUUGAGUGCAAAUGGUACUGGUCGUGUUGAAGUGUUCUACAAUGGACAAUGGGGGACAAUCUGCGAUGAUCGUUGGGACAUGAGGGACGCAAGGGUUGCAUGUCGUCAACUUGGGUACCUGGAUGCUGCCGCAUCUUUUGAAGGCCACCAGCUUAUUGACGGUUCAGGACGUAUAUGGUUAGAUGAAGUCAACUGUACCGGUAGAGAAGAAAAUAUAUCGAGAUGUGGUCAUUCUGGAUGGGGAAAAAAUAAUUGCGGGCAUCACGAAGACGCUGGAGUGAAUUGCAGUAACACAGCAAGUAAGCCGGUAACAAUAAGGUUACAAGGACCAAAAAGUGAAAAAGGUACAGGUCGUGUUGAAGUACUCUACGACAGACAAUGGGGAACAAUCUGUGAUAAGGGAUGGGAUAUGAGAGACGCUAGAGUUGUGUGUCGUCAACUAGGUUAUCCAGAUGCUGUCAGAUCUCUUAAGGGUUGGAAGAUUCCGUCUGGCUCUGGACGUGUAUGGUUAGAAGACGUCGAUUGUACUGGAAGCGAAGAAAAUAUAGCAAGAUGUAUUCAUCCAGGCUGGGGGAAACAUGGUUGCGAUCAUUCAAAAGAUGUUUGGGUAGAAUGUAGUCUUGCUUCACUAAGAUUGCAAGGACCAUUAAGCGCCGUUGGUACUGGUCGUGUUGAAGUAUUCCAUAGUGGACAAUGGGGAACAAUCUGUGAUGUUGAAUGGGAUUUCAGAGAUGCCAGAGUUGUGUGUCAUCAACUUGGCUAUGUCGACGCCGUUCGUGCUCUUCAAGGGCACCAGAUUCCUCAUGGUUCUGGACCAACAUGGUUAAAUGAGGUGGACUGUAUUGGGUCAGAAGGGAACAUAACAAGUUGUCCUCAUAGCGGGUGGGGAGUUCAUGGUUGCUUACAUCAUGAAGACGCUGGAGUUGAAUGCAGUACAACAGACAAACCUGUUUUGCUGAGGUUGCAAGGGCCACUGAGUGCAAGAGGUACUGGUCGUAUUGAAGUAUUCUACAAUGAAACCUGGGGUGCAAUCUGUGAUUAUGGCUGGGAUUUCAGGGAUGCAAGGGUUGUAUGUCGUCAACUUGGCUAUCCAGAUGCUGUUAGGGUUCUUAAAAGAGCCGAAGUUCCUUCUGGUUCCGGGAAGAUAUGGUUGAUCAACGUCUUUUGUACAGGGGAAGAGCGGAAUAUAACAAGUUGUACUCAUCGAGGCUGGGGCGUUCAUCCUUGUUCACAUUUGGAAGAUGCUGGAGUCGAAUGCCGCACUUCCGGUAGUUUUGCUUCACUAAGAUUGCAAGGACCAUUAAGCACCAUUGGCACUGGUCGUGUUGAAGUAUUCCACAAUAGACAAUGGGGAACAAUCUGUGAUGUUGAAUGGGAUUUCAGAGAUGCCAGAGUUGUUUGUCGUCAACUUGGCUAUGUCGAUGCCGUUCGUGCUCUUCAAGGGCACCAGGUUCCUCAUGGUUCUGGACCAAUAUGGUUAAAUGAGGUGGACUGCAUUGGGUCAGAACGGAACAUAACAAGUUGCCCUCACAGCGGGUGGAGAGUUCAUGGUUGCUCACAUCAUGAAGACGCCGGAGUUGAAUGCAGUAGAACAGACAAACCUGUUUUGCUGAGGUUGCGAGGGCCACUGAGUGCAAAAGGUACCGGUCGUAUUGAAGUAUUCUACAAUGAAACCUGGGGUGCAAUCUGUGAUUAUGGAUGGGAUUUCAGGGAUGCAAGAGUUGUAUGUCGUCAACUUGGCUAUCCAGAUGCUGUUAGGCCUCUUAAAAGAAGCGAAGUUCCUUCUGGUUCCGGGAAGAUAUGGUUAAUCAACGUUUUUUGUACAGGGGAAGAGCGGAAUAUAACAAGUUGCACUCAUCGAGGAUGGGGGGUUCAUCCUUGUUCACAUUUGGAAGAUGCUGGAGUCGAAUGCCGCACACCUGAUGAGCCUGUAUCACUGAGGUUACGAGGACCAUCGAGUGCAAAUGGCACCGGUCGGGUUGAAGUACUCUACAAUGGAACCUGGGGAACAAUCUGUGAUGAUAAAUGGGAUUUUAGAGAUGCUAGGGUUGCAUGUCGUCAACUUGGUUAUUCUGACGCCGUCAGAUCUCUUCAAAGGGAGGAGGUGCAACCUGGAUCUGGACGUAUUUGGUUGGAUGACAUCGACUGUAAUGGAGAAGAAGAUAAUAUAACACGAUGUAUACAUCGCGGAUGGGGAAUCCACAAAUGCGAUCAUGUUAAAGACGCUGGCGUGGAAUGUAAUACAACAGACAAAGUUCCACCUCGUAAGAGAGUUCUACUGAGGUUGCAAGGAACAUCAAGUGCAAAUGGCACUGGUCGUGUUGAAGUAUUCUAUAAUGGACAAUGGGGAACAAUCUGUGAUGAUGGCUGGGACAAAAGAGAUGCUAGGGUUGUAUGUCGUCAACUUGGUUAUAAAUAUGCUGUAAGAACCCUUCCAAGUCGCCAGGUUCCUUCUGGUACUGGACGGAUAUGGUUGGACAACGUCAAUUGUACUGGAAAAGAGCGAAAUAUCACAAGUUGUUUCCACAAAGGAUGGGGAUCUCACAAUUGCGACCAUUCGAAAGACGCUGGAGUGGAAUGCACAAACACAAGUAAGCCUGUUUCACUGAGAUUACAAGGACCAUUGAGUGGAAAUGGUACUGGUCGUGUUGAAGUAUUCUACAAUGGACAAUGGGGAAGAAUUUGUGGUAAUGGAUGGGAUAUGAAAGAUGCUAUGGUUGUAUGUCGUCAACUCGGUUAUAGAUAUGCUGUUAAAACUAUUCGAAGUCACCAGGUUCCCUCUGGUUCUAGUCAAAUUUGGCUGUCUGAAGUUGGUUGCACUGGGGAAGAGCAAAAUAUAACAAGUUGCUCUCACAAAGGAUGGGGAAACCAUAAUUGCAACAAUUCAGAAGGCGUUGGAGUAGAAUGUUCUAACACAGGUAAGCCUGUUUCAUUGAGAUUACAAGGACCAUUGAGUGAAAAUGGUACUGGUCGUGUUGAAGUAUUCUACAAUGGACAAUGGGGAAGAAUUUGUGGUAAUGGAUGGGAUAUAAAAGAUGCUAUGGUUGUAUGUCGUCAACUUGGUUAUAGAUAUGCUGUUAAAAGUAUUCGAAGUCACCAGGUUCCCUCUGGUUCUGGUCAAAUUUGGCUGUCUGAAGUUGGUUGCACUGGGGAAGAGCAAAAUAUAACAAGUUGCUCUCACAAAGGAUGGGGAAACCAUAAUUGCAACCAUUCAGAAGGCGUUGGAGUAGAAUGUACUAACACAGGUCCUUGUCCUAGUGUCGAAGAUGGUACACAUGAAGUGUAUGGCAUUUUCAAAUGGCCUGAAACUCCGGUUGGAAAAGUUUCUAAACUUGCUUGUCCUUAUAACAACGAGUCCACUGCAAGUCGGGAAUGUUUGCAUUCAAACCAAACCAAGGGUGGAAGUAUCUGGGGUGGGAUUGUGGCAAGUAGUUGCCAAUAUAAAAACAAGCGAAGCAGAGAUCUCUUUCAAUUGUCACAGGAAGUUGUCGAUUUAGAAAACGUGGUAAAUGUCACCCAGGAAGUGAGAAAUCUUUCCUUCGUUAAUCCUGAAAAGACUCUUCAAUCUGGGGACAUUAGCAACAUCGCUACGAUACUACAGAAAAUUGUUAAGGUCAAACAGAAAUCUAGCCAGGUUUCUGACGAUUUUCUCACGACAGUAGACAAUGUCUUGGAUAAUAGAGAGGAAGAUGUGUUUCAAAGUCAACAAGAACACAAUGCUUCUUCAAGGAUCGUCAGAGCUUUGAAUGAUUUCGCGGAGACUUUGCCCCUUGAUGAAGAAGGCAAAUUCAAAAAAGUUAAAAGAAAUUAUGCUAUUAAUCUGCAAGCACUACAACCGCAAAAGUUUAACGGAAUAACGUUUUCUGGGAUGGUAAGGAGAACAGAAAAGGUGUCCUUGGAGAACAUUAACACGUCAAUCAAAUUUGAUGCAUGUUUCCAGUGCACUUCAACGACAUCACUCGUGAUUCCACAAACAAUAUUCGAUGAAUCAACAAAUACAUUGAGUUCAGAAAACAAGACAUUUUUUUUUGUCUUUUAUAAAGAAGCAAAAUUUUUUAAAGCAACUUUAGCAGAAACCACGAGACGUUUGAAUAGCUUUGUUAUUGCUGGGAGCGUUAAGAGGACUCCAGUUGCAAAUUUGAAGACGCCUGUUAAAAUCCCUUUCCAGAGAACCUUUCCAGGAGACACAAAUACUACUUUGUGCUCUUACUGGGAUUUUAGUCUUCAAAAUUGGUCACAAGAAGGUUGUUGGUUUGAAAGAGUCCUUAAAGAUGGCAGAGUACUUUGUAACUGUAACCAUUUCACCAACUUUGCGAUGUUAAUGGAUAUUAGUCCCCCAGUGGGGGCCUACACUUCACAUGACCAAAUACUUAGUGAGUCCAGUUACUAUUGGAUGUGCGCUGUCAUUGGUUGGACUGGUGUUGACGAUAAUCACGAUACUGCUAUUCAGAGAACUCCGCACAAAAAUUCCAAGCCAGAUUUUGCUAAAUUUCUGUAUUACUUUGUCGUUGCUGUUAAUUGUAUUCCUGGUGUAUACCGAGUUGCCCAAAACGUCACCAGUAUCUGGCUGUCGAGCAGUGGCAGUCGCCUUGCAUUACUUCUUGUUAGCAGCAUUCUUGUGGAUGGCCGUGGAAGGGUUUAA